GAACUGAACGCAACCUCUUUUCACUUUUGUGCGACGGUCGAAGUUACAAUGAGGAUCUUGUAAAUUAUCUUCUAUUAAAAAUUAUACUAUUCAAUAGUAGAUCUAACGUUUGAAAUUCGUUAAUCAAUAAAGAAAUGAUUUCUAAAGCAGCCGUGGGCAUCGCUGCCGGAAUCGCCGGCAGCAUACUUCUAGGGUAUUGCUUUUACUUCGACAAAAAACGACGAGGCGAUCCAGACUUCAAAAAGAAAUUACGUGAACGCAGAAGAGCCAGAAAACAAGCACAGAAAGCGGGAUCAAAAAUACCAGAUCUCAAGGAUCAUGAAGCAAUGCAGAGGUUUUUCUUCCAAGAGGUUCAAUUGGGAGAAGAAAUGUUGGCUGGAGGAGACCUCGAAGGAGGAGUUGAACAUUUAGCAAACGCUGUCACAGUUUGUGGACAACCUAAUCAACUGUUGCAGGUUCUACAACAAACACUUCCACCGCAAGUUUUCCAUCUUCUAUUACAACGACUGCCCUCCGUUGGCCAGAAAAUCGUCCUUCAAACAGCUAUGGCCGAAGAAGAUGUUGAAUAAGAUCCAGCAGCAUAUAAUCUCGUUGGUUAUUCCAAAAUGAAAAAAAAAAAAUGUUAGUAGAUUAUACGAUCGUUUUAGACAAAA